CCGCCGCCGCCGCCGCCGCCGCCGCCGCCGAAGCCGAAGCCGAAGCGGAGACCGGAGCCGCGAGCGCCACCAGGGCAGCAGCCGCCGCAGCCGCCGCCGCUGGGCUGAGGAGCCGGGGACGCGUGCGGACGAGGUGGCGGCGGCGGCGGAGCGGGAGCGGGAGCGGGGACCGGGCGCAGGCAGAGCGCGGCGGUUCGGGUGUAUUCCAGAGAAUAAGUCUUCAAACAUCUUUGCCAUAUUGACUCUGAGUUGUCAGAGGACUCAGGCUUAUGAGGAGGUACUGUCACACAAAACAGUGUCUAGUGAAGACGACAAGAAAGUGGGGAAGGGAUUGGAAAAAGAAGCUAAAACACUAUAGAAAACCAUGAGAUCUAUUAGAUCUUUUGCCAAUGAUGAUCGCCACGUUAUGGUGAAACAUUCAACAAUCUAUCCAUCUCCAGAGGAACUUGAAGCUGUUCAGAAUAUGGUGUCUACUGUUGAAUGUGCCCUUAAACAUGUCUCAGAUUGGCUGGAUGAAACAAAUAAAGGCACAAAAACAGAGGGUGAGAUAGAAGUGAAGAAGGAUGAGGCUGUAGAUGCCUAUUCCAAGGAUCAAGGUGGUCGGACAUUGUGUGGUGUAAUGAGGAUUGGCCUGGUUGCAAAAGGCUUGCUGAUUAAAGAUGAUAUGGACUUGGAGCUGGUUUUAAUGUGCAAAGACAAACCCACAGAGACCCUGUUAAAUACAGUCAAAGAUAAUCUUCCUAUUCAGAUUCAGAAACUCACAGAAGAGAAAUAUCAAGUGGAACAAUGUGUAGAUGAAGCUUCUAUUAUAAUUCGGAAUACAAAAGAGCCCACGCUAACUUUGAAGGUGAUACUUACUUCCCCUCUAAUUAGGGACGAAUUGGAGAAGAAGGAUGGAGAAAAGGUUGCGAUGAAAGAUCCUCCGGACUUAUUGGACAGGCAGAAAUGCCUGAAUGCCUUGGCGUCUCUUCGACAUGCCAAAUGGUUUCAGGCAAGGGCAAACGGAUUAAAAUCAUGUGUAAUUGUCCUCCGCAUUCUACGUGAUUUGUGCAACAGAGUUCCUACAUGGGCACCAUUAAAAGGAUGGCCACUAGAGCUUAUAUGUGAAAAGUCUAUAGGUACUUGUAAUAGACCUUUGGGCGCUGGGGAGGCCUUGAGACGAGUAAUGGAGUGUUUGGCAUCUGGAAUACUACUUCCUGGGGGUCCUGGUUUACAUGAUCCUUGUGAGAGAGACCCAACAGAUGCUCUGAGCUAUAUGACCAUCCAGCAAAAGGAAGAUAUUACCCACAGCGCACAGCAUGCACUCAGACUCUCAGCCUUUGGCCAGAUUUAUAAAGUGCUGGAGAUGGACCCCCUUCCAUCUAGUAAGCCUUUUCAGAAAUAUUCCUGGUCAGUUACUGAUAAAGAAGGUGCUGGGUCUUCAGCUCUGAAGAGGCCAUUUGAAGAUGGAUUAGGGGAUGAUAAGGAUCCCAAUAAGAAGAUGAAACGAAACUUAAGGAAAAUUCUGGAUAGUAAAGCAAUAGACCUUAUGAAUGCACUAAUGAGGCUAAAUCAGAUCAGGCCUGGGCUUCAGUAUAAGCUCUUGUCUCAGUCCGGCCCUGUCCAUGCCCCAGUCUUCACAAUGUCUGUAGAUGUGGACGGUACAACAUAUGAAGCCUCAGGGCCAUCCAAGAAAACAGCAAAACUUCAUGUAGCAGUGAAGGUGUUACAAGCAAUGGGAUACCCAACAGGCUUUGAUGCAGAUAUUGAAUGUAUGAGUUCCGAUGAAAAAUCAGAUAAUGAAGGCAAAAAUGAAACAGUGUCUUCAAACUCAAGCAAUAAUACUGGAAAUUCUACAACCGAAACCUCCAGUACCUUAGAGGUAAGAACUCAGGGCCCUAUCCUCACAGCAAGUGGCAAAAAUCCCGUAAUGGAGCUCAAUGAAAAAAGAAGAGGUCUUAAGUAUGAACUCAUCUCGGAGACUGGUGGAAGCCAUGACAAACGCUUUGUAAUGGAGGUAGAAGUAGAUGGACAGAAAUUCAGAGGUGCAGGUCCAAAUAAGAAAGUGGCAAAGGCAAGUGCAGCUUUAGCUGCCCUGGAGAAGCUAUUUUCUGGACCCAAUGCAGCAAAUAAUAAGAAAAAGAAGAUUAUCCCUCAGGCAAAGGGUGUUGUGAAUACAGCUGUGUCUGCAGCAGUCCAGGCUGUUCGGGGCAGAGGAAGAGGAACUCUGACGAGGGGAGCUUUCGUUGGGGCUACAGCUGCUCCUGGCUACAUAGCUCCAGGCUAUGGAGCACCGUAUGGUUACAGCACAGCUGCCCCUGCCUAUGGUUAAUACUUUUAAGCAGUUUUCAGCACGUUUAUCUCACUUUAUUCUCGUUCUCCUCGGACCUUCGUAGCCAUAUCACUUGUAUAAAAUAGGCUGAGAUCUAGUGACUGUAAGCUGUGGUCUCAGUAAACAAAGGUAAGCUCUUUUAUUUUCUGAUUAAAGAGAAAACUAACUAAAAGUCAAUAAACACAACGUGCAUUUAUGACAAUCAUACAGGAUGUAUUUGAUCUCUCUUAGGUCUUAUGUCAUCAUAUUACCUUUAAAAUUUUUAUGAUCUAAAUGUAAAAUAGUAAUUUUUAGUAUUUGUUUUAAUACCCUUGUAAUUACUUUUUAUUCAAGAGAGACAUUUCACUUUUACAAGUUAAAUGUGUAUAUGUAUGUAGAAACUUAUGAUAUUACAUAUAUGUGAAUUACACACACGGACCUGUUUGAAUAAAAGAAUUUGGUGGUGGGAAGAGUUCACCUGAGAAGACUUUAACGUCAGGGCAUUCUUUUGGCCAAAGUGCUAGAAUUUCAUAAGCAGCAAGAUUGGUAACAGUGCUGGUAGGAUCCAUUUAUAUAUGUAGCUGUUACACAAGCAGAGGAUCAAAGUGCCAAUUUCUCAAGGGGAGAAACUUCUCUGAGAAAUGAAAAUUUCUGAUCUGUGUUGUACGCCCUAAUACAACAGCAGCAAGAAGCCAUAAAAAGAAAAAGCAAUAGAAAAUGAAAAAAAAACCCCAAAAUAUUAAGGUAACUAUGGAAAAAUAUGUAAUUAAGCUAUUUGCAGAACCAACUUUGGCAAGACUCAGAAUGGUAAAUACCCAGUCUGCAGAGACCAAAUAGACCUAAGGUAAUUCAUCUGUCUUUUCCAGGUUAGGUAGCUAGAUGAUUAUUUCCCAUCUUACUCAACCAUCAUGGAAUUCAUUUAAAAGAUGUGAGGGUUAAGCCAAAUAUUUUAGUAAGGGUUUGCUUGAUUUAGUGUGUUCCCUGAAUACAUUUCAUAUGUGUUAGAUGUUCUGUGCUGAGGCCGUAUAUGAUAUAUAGAGAUUAAAAUGAAUUUUAUGUUUUAUAUGUCUCUAAGAAGCAGUUUUGUUUUUAUUACUAAUUUUGAAGGUUGCUGGAACAACGUUUUUUCCCAUACAGAAUCUGUAUGUACGGUGAAUGUGGCUUUGGCAUCUAUAAAAAGGUUGUAUGAGGUCUAGCUGACUAGUACUAUGUACAUUAACUUGGCUAGUAGUUUAUUUAUAGAUAAUAAUAUAGGCCCUCUGAUACUAAAAUAGCCAUCAUUUGGAAAUUCUCUCAUUUUAAGUAUUUCCCUGGCAGUUUUGAGAGCCUGAAACUAACUCUGGUUUAUGUUCAUGGACCUCUUUCCAAGUAAAUGAGUGGAAUGAAAUGAAGAACACAUAUUCCACUCCUUUAUAAGCAGUUUUUAUAGUAUAAUGAAGACCAGAGUGGUUGCUUUAAACACUGGCCACAUGUUUUCAAUGACAAGUGAGAGGGAUUUUAUCCUUAUAAUCAAUCCUUAAUUAUAACUUACCUGUUUAUUAGAUUUCUUUAAUAACUGCAGUGGAGGCAAAUCUUCAGUUGUGAGUUAGGGGAAUGAACUAAGAUUUGCAGGUGCACCCCACCCCUGCCCCCAGCAGUUAGAUUUCUAGCAAUUGAGAGUUCCUAAAGCAGAAAACAACCUGCUCUGUGAAUGGGCCUCCUGUACCACCACCCACUCAGCAUCCUUGGGGAUGGGGGUGGGGUCUCUGUAAAGUCCUCAGAGCCAGAAAGGUUCUGCUGUAUUUGCCUUGCAAACUACAAUGAUCUGAUGCCAUGUAGUGACCAUCGGUUUCUCAGUGUCACUCCGAGACCUGGAAGGGAGAUAGGUGGUAAAUGAAUGACAACCACAGUUAAGAAAGUACCUACUGGAGAGAUGAGUUUCAGUAUUGAUAUUUCUCUCUUGCAGUAACUAAUAGAGCACAAGCUAGUAGUUAUGUAAGAAUGAGUCUCUUCCCUACUUCAUUCCCUCUUCCAGAAAGACUGUUUUAAGUCAGGAAUUCAACUUGAGUUAGUUGUAAGAAUAGAUAUCCUUUCCCACCUUAUCAUUUUAGGUAGGAGCUAACAGCUUCCAUUGAUACUUGAAGCAGUGAUCUUUGGAGAUUUAAAAAAAAAAAUAGCUCCACAGUACAGAUUAGGUUAUGUAAGCUUUACAGCACAGCUAGAAAUAGGGAAUGGAAACCAUGUGGGAAUCUGGGCCAAAGUAUUUCUCUCCCUCCAGCAAAUUCCCUUGGGGCUUGGGAAUUAGAUGAGUUAAUAUACUUAAAGUGCUUUUUUGAGUGCCUGGUGCACAGUAAGUACUCAGUAAAUGUUGACAGCUCCUACCACAGUUGGCUGAAGUGACAGAAGGUGUGUGAAGGAGGCAGCAAGACUGCUGCCAGGUAGCCAAGAAGCGAGUGCAUGGUCUGCUCAGGGGAAGCUGCAUUGGGUCAGUGGUAUUUACAGGUUUGGGAUGCUCCCAUACUUUGCGAGAGGACUCCUAGCAACUGGGGUCUAAACAGGAAGCACAAAGCAAAACACUUGGUGAGAGAGGUAGUGUGGAGAGGUGGUGACAGGCCUCUACUGGCUGAAAAAGCUUGUGUUUCUGCUGUGGGGGUGAAAUCAUUGGCCAGUCUGCUGCCAGGGAUUCGUAAAUACUUGCUUUGGGAUUUAAAUGUGCUUAGAACUUCAAAAGGGCUGAGCUUAGAAUAUCAGGCUGCUGAUUCCAACUUUCCUACCAGUGCAUUAAUAAAAAAGAGGUGAGUGAUUACAGUUAGCCCUGGAAUCCAACAUCCAGAGCUCACCACCAGUAUUUGGCAGUAGAAAGCGAGUUAUUAUAAACCACAGAAAGAGGAGCCUGGGUAGCAUGCAUUGAAGGCCACUGACUCGGAUGCUUCUCUGCAUAGCAUUCCUGCAGCUUCUGUCUUCCAGUUUCCUUCAAAACUUUGGAACAAAUCAGCACUCAUCACCACAUGAGGCCUCCUCUGUGUGUUAAUCUUAGAAAAAACACCUCGGCCUGCCCAUCCAUUUCUUUUUCUUUUCAGCAAAAGGAAAGUUUUUUUUUUUUUUUCCUUUUGGUGAGACCGGGUCCCUUGGUUGAAUAUACAGCUUUCUGUUCCUUUCUGUGCUGAGGAAGAGUGGGCGAGUGUAUCCCUGUCCUGGCAGGUGGUCCACUAGGUGGGGGUUAUAGAUUGAGUUCUGUGAUGCUCUAAAUUUAUAAAAAUUCUAGACAGGGAUUGAACAUUACCUUUAAAGGCAAAUGAGAGAUUUGCAUUAUAGUCAAGAGGCUUGUUUUUCCCACUCUUUUAAUGGUCCCAGGAAUCUUUAUUUUGCAAUGGGAAGUGAGAGGAGGGACAGCCCUGCCUCCAGGGGAAACUCCAAAGACCUACUCUCUUGCUGUAGCCCCAAAGCAAAGAGCUGUUUGUAUAAAGUUCUGACAGCAGUUACCCCAUCCCACAGUUGUGACUGGUGGUGGGAUGGGCGUCUCACAGAGUCAGGCUUGAAGGAGGCCUUUUCUCUUUUUGCCCCUCCCCCCCCUUGCCUGCCCCUUGCCCUUGACCAGCCAAUUUUAAUAACUGAAUUCCUUCGUCCUUCUAAGCUGAGUCUUGGUUCUUCUUUGCAGAACUUUGCCAUUUCUGCAAACUGUGCUGCCUCUGCUGGGGGGGGGGGGGUGUCUUAUGAAGAUUGCUACUAUCUGCCCCGACAGCUCAGGGGAGACUGGUUAGCAUGUCUCCCCUCUUCCUGCCUCCUCCUCAGUGCUUCUGGCUGCACUGCCUCAGGGCCUGUCUCUCAGACUCCUAGAUUUGCUUGCCUUGAUCUUCUGUAAGGUUGGGAUGAAUGGUCUCUGCAUUUACAUGUCAGCUGAAUGUUUCAGGUAAUGAAUUCAAUAGUAGCUGUAGGUUUAAGCUAUUUUGGGCUGUGGGCAGUAGAUUGAAGGAGGAGGAACAGAAGAAAAAAGAGAAAAGGAAGAAAUGCUCAAAUUGCUCUCUUGUGUGGGCCAGGUACUCAGACAUUCUUCAACAGCCUUCUCGGUGGUGAUGGUCUUCUUUUAAAGAUAAGAGACUGAGGCUCAGAGUUAAGUGCUAGAGUUAGGAAUGAAACCCCACUCUGUUCGAUUCCAAAGCCUCUUUCCACCAUAGCAUGCACCUGUGGGUGCCAUCUGGAUGAAGGUGAGGAGUGCCACAUGGCAGGAAGGACGUGCACAGGCAGUGGGCUGGGCCCAGCUGGGCCUCCCCUCCCUGGGUCUGGGUUCACGGGUUUCCUGUGGAAGCCAGGCUCUCUGACUUGAGGUUGGUCUUGACCAAAUAUCCUGGCCUCUUAAAAAUAGGGCUAUUUUCUGUUAGACCAAUUGGAUAAGAUUGUUUAACAGACUGGGAAGAUAGGCUAGAAGACUAAGGUGUGGCUGUAUGAACAAAGGAAGUUCUUGUAUUUCAAACUUGUUCGAGAAUUUGAGGUCUGUGCUUCCAUUUAGCUGAUGGCUUUCUGAGGCUAGGCUCUGUCUGGCCUGAGAUUGGUGAUGGGGAUGCCUUAGAAGAUUUGAGCCAGACUCUAAAGCCUGGUGAGGUUUUGACUCACGGGGUAGAAGGAAGAGGGACCUGGAGGGAUGGCAGCCCAGGUUUGAAGUGUGCAGAGGAUGUCCCGGUGCUAAGCAGAGCGGGGGCAGUGGCACAUUGCAGUGGCCUGUGCCAGUCAUCAGGACUCUCCCUGGACUGGGCUUCAGGACAGGCUGCCAGCCUAGAGGAAGCAGGCAGCCCUCUAGGUUGGGCUGUGCUUGGAGAGCCCUGCUGGGGUGGCUUUGAGGUCUCUGAAUUACUGCCUGUGAGCCACCCUGCUGACUUGUCAGAGUCUCUCUGCAAACCAGGUCAGCAGCUCCUUUCCUGACGAACUGCCCCCUGGGUCUCUGCCUGGGGAUGGAAGCAGAAUCCCAUCCAGGGAAGGACAGCCGUCCCUCAGGGCCCUUGGCAGUUGGCCGUUGUCUCUGCGCCAGCUGCCGAGAUGCUGGAGUAGAGUAGGAGGAAGGCACUGUUUUAACUCAGCCGCAUGAGUUCAGGCCAGUGACUUGCCUGUGAGGAGAGCGACACUGGCUGGCAGCUGUCUGUCCCCGCCCUGCCCCUACAGUUUGGUGAAGUUGCAGCACGCAGCUCUUAUUCCCACUGUGCAGAUGAGGAUGGUGAAGAGCAGGGACCCCUCCAAAUCACCCAGCUUGUUUGUGGCAAAACAUUGUAGCUCCUAAUAAGUGAGUUCAUAACCACACAGAAGAAAUAACAUAUCUUCCACUGUUUUUGGAGUUAACAGAAGCCCUUUCUUAGGGAUGAGAUUUGAAUUAGACCUAGAAAUGAUCUCCUUUUACAGCUAAGGAAACAGAGGCUUAGCCACAGUGAUCUGGCCCAAAUUAAACAGCCAGUGGCUGUGCCACCUGUCCUGAUAGCGUCCUGAUAGCUCUGUGUGCAGCCCGCGUCCACCUGGUCACCCCUCCGCUCUGGGAUGCAUUCCGCGUACCUUUCCUCCACACUUCUGGGUGAUUUGAAACAAAAUAAGCAAAAACCAAGGAUCCCCUUCCCUCCCCCACCCCACCCACCAUGUGGGGAAAAAUCCAGAUGUCAGGUUUAUUAGUCUUUGGCUCUUUUGGAAAACCGUUGGUGAGCUCACCCCUGGGCGGGGGGAUGGACUGGUUAGCCUGGGGCCGGGGCAGCCUGUUACAUUGCUGCUCUUGCCACCUGCACAGCUGGGUGUUUCCACACCAUCUCUUUGGACUGUAACAGAACUUUGUAAUCAAGUGCAAACUAGUGAUUGCUGUUGGAGAGACCUCCCCCAAGGGUUGGUGGGGGUGUGGUGUGCUGUUAGAAGUGUACUUUUUAUAUUUGGCUUCAUCCAUGUUUUGGCUGCCCUCUGUUGUCUGUCCCUGCCUAGGCCUGUCAUUGUGCGCUCCAACCAAAGGGGUCGCCCUCACAAUGACACAUUGCCCUGAGUGCUCUGAUGCUGGGAUCUUAUUGGAGCCUUCCAUUAUGGAGGUGGUCUCAGAAGUUGCUCAAUGUUCUAACCCCCCUCAUGUCUUUAGAGGCUAUAGUAAAGGAAGUAUUGUGGACAUUUAGGAGGUCAGAAACCUCUGGAAGGUGGCACCUGGGGAACUCUGGGAAGCUGAAAGCCCCUCAAAAUGAGAUUCAUUGAGGCUAGUGAAGGAGAGACUUGGGAAGAUCAUGGACCUACCCAUCAGCUAUUUUAAAGGGUUACAUUUACUUGUAUGUGGCUCCAGAAGGGUAAAGAUAGUUAUAGGAAGCCAGUUGGGCAAUUUGGGCUAACGUGUGCCUCCCAGGCUGCCCCUGGGAGAUUUGCUGUGAUGAGAAAGGAGGCCCUUGGUACCAGGAGUGUUUAAGCAAGCCAAACGUUUGCAUAGUGCAGAGGAGUUUCUGCCAUGGGGUAUCACAUUUGAUCAGAACACUGAUGUGUUUGCAGACACUACCAAGACCGUUUCUACCCUCUUGGGAAUAUGGAUUCAUUGAGAAACCUUCACUGUCACCUACUGCUAUUUACCAGGCUCUGUGUGGAAGGAACAGCUGGAGAAAAUAUCAGGAUUUUCAGCUUAGACAACUGAGUAGAAGGUGAAACUGCCAACCAAGAUAGGGUGCACAGGAAGAGGGAGGGGGUGCUCAGGGGCUUGAACAGAUCAGUUGUCUUUAACUCUGGCAGGCCCCACACUCAGUGCAGGACCUAGGUGACCUAGCCUGUGAGGAGGCUGAGAACCUGAGCGGCUCUGACAGGAGUGGCAAAGGCUUCCCUUGAGACUGAUCCAGGAGCUGGAUGGGAGUCUGCUGGGAGGGUCGUAAGGAGAGCUUCCAAGAAGGUGGGGGGCGGCGGCACAGGGUGUGCACAGCAGGGGCACAGCCUUGUGGAGCAGCACAAAGUUACUUGCUGAUAGGAACUGGGAUGGUCAGAAGGGUGAAGUGGCAAAUGGGAUGUGUAAUUUGGAGUCGCUUGGGGGAAACCCCUGGGUAUUGUGCCCUUCAGUGAUUAUCCUCUUCCAAAAUGGUGAGAGAAUCCUAGAGGGUUGAUUUAGAUAGCUGGAUGGGGAAGGACUUGAGGCAGGAGGAAGAGGCUGCUACAGAUGCAAGAAUGGUGUGUCUCUUCAUAGGCCAAGCUCCUCACCUGGACUGAGCGGGAGGGUGGGCCUGAUGGCACUCAGUAGGGGGCCAGGGAACCACACACUCAUUAAGGGUAGCCGGGGACCCUCCCAAGCACGUCUGUCUCCUGGGCCUCCGUUCAGGAGGUCACUGAGAGGACAGCGGCACUUGGGGCCAAGAUGGGGAAGGUGAGGGAGGCUGGGCAGGAAGGAAUGAUGGAGAGGCUGGGAAAUGGGGGUUUGGUGGCCCAAGUCCUCCUCGGCAUGGGGUUAUGAGCCCUCUUGUGCUCUUUGGGAAGUAUCUCUUUGACAGUGGAGAGAGGUUUGCACGCUCCUGGGUCAGCAUCUUCCCUUCCCCAGUUUUCACACGUCUGCUCUGCUGGGUUUGCCAGUCAAGGGGAGUGACGGGUACUGGGUGUUUAUUUGUACAGUGGACUUCUUCUUCUUCUUCUUCUUCUUUUUUUUGUUUUUGUUUUUAAGAAGUGUUUUGAUUUCUUUGCCUGGGCCAGGUCUGGAGCUCACUGGAGUCAGCAUCUAUAAAACAUGGUGUUUAGCUGUGGGAAGUUACAGACUGGCUUUACAGAGUACUUGAAAGAGGGCAGAAACACCAUGUAAGAUUUCUGUGUCUAGCUCAGGCCUGUCACCUGUUUUCAUACUGAACAAGUGGCAGGAGGAAGCAAGAGGAGUCCAGGUGAGUUUCUGCACCCCUCUUACCUCUAGCUCUGUUGGGGACUAAGGCUAAGGAGGCAUCUGUGGUUCUGAACCUUUAGGUCAGAGCUGUGAAAGGUUACAGGGGCCCUGAGACACCCAUCCCUCAGCCUUUGGGGUGGCUAGGAACCCAGGGUCAAAUAUCUCCAACUACAAGCAGCCUUGUCUUUUUAUACCAGCUGGGAUACCAGACAUCCCACCUGUGUGCGUCAAAAUGUGGAAAUAUAUGGGAGCACUGCCUUAGCCCUGGUAUUGACAGACUUUCUGGAAAGGGCCAAACAGGAAAUCUUCCAGGCUCUGUGGACCAUUCACUCUCAUGGCUACUCAGCUCAGUUGUGGUAGCACAAGAGCAGCCAGAGACAACAGUGCAUAAGCAAAUGUGGCCUGGUCCAACAAACUUUAAAAAAACAACCCCACAGUAGGUAAUGCGUCCUAUUUUGCCAACCUGUCUUAGACUGUAGAGACUCCUCACCCCUUGGUUUAUUCAUGACUGGAAACUUCCACCUGAUGCCUGGCUCAUCUACCUUCCCACAAGGGCCUCCUGAGAGCAUCUGUCCUGUGUGAGUGCUGAGGAGGAAAGGGCAGUCCUGGCCCAUAAGGACCACAGGUUUUGAGUGAGUGUGUGUGUGUGUGUUUGUGUGUGUGUUGGGAGGGGGCAGGAUGCAUUGACAGGUGAGAGCAAAAUACAGAGCAGAACAGGACUUGGGGAAGUCCAAGGUGAUGGGGCCCCGAGGAGAGAAGAGGCUCAGGUGUCAAUCAGGAGGGCCUUAGGAAGGAAGCUGCUCUGGAGACGAGGAGGGUGUGUGAACACCAACAACAGUACAGUCAUGUGAGCAUGUUGGGCCCAGCCUGGGAAGGGCCGAGUGCCAGGCUAGAGCAUGGACCUCAUUCUCUGGGUGCUGCGGAGCCAGUGAGAUGUUGGGUUCAUACAGUAAACUGAGCACAGAUGCAUUUUAGCAACAUCACUCUGGUUGUGGAAGACCAGACCUGUGAUUACAAAUGGUAUCUUGGGUUUUGUCUAGACUUUUAAGGCAAGAAUUAGGUUAGAGUUGGUAAUCAAGUGGAGGGAGAGGCCCAGACUUGUUGGUUUUUCUGGCCAUUGGCUUUGGGGGCCAGGGAGCACACUUUUUUGACCUACAGGCUUUUUCUCUUGCUGUCUGUCCUAAAGACCAUUUAAAUAUUCGGUCUCAAACCAGAAUUAGAUUUUGGCCUUGUGUGAGGGUAAAAAUGAACUCCCCCUUCCUUCAGAAUUGAGUUUCACUUCCAGGAGAGCUUCACUUCCUUCCUGUCUGCAUGUAACCAGUGCACAGAACAGGACUUCAGAGAAGCACAGAUGAUGGGUGGGACUCUCGAGAAGCCCACACACGACUGCCACACACGACUUUAGCCUGUGUGUAACAGGCUAAAGCCAACACUGCUCAGGUGCAUCACAGACUGCCGGAGGCCAGGCCUUCUGUUGGGUGCAGGGGAGAUUGAGGUGAGUCACUCGUGGUGCCUGCCCCAAGGUGCUCAAUGUAGUUGGGGCGAUGAAAACAGUUAUGAAUAUAUAUAGCGCUUUCUACUUUCCAAACCUGCCUCCCACCCCCACCCCCACCCUGGGGUUUCUAGGCAGGCGAAGGGAGCCACUGUAUGUUGAGCAUUGGUGACAUGCCAGGGCCCAGGACUGGGAGCUGCCCAUGUUCUCCUCUGGUGAGGAGGGGGCUGUGCGCUUAACGUGCAGUGACAGGAGCUACCGGGAAAGGGCCCUUGGGGACUGCAGAAAGACCAUCUGGCCUGACUGCUGCAUGGAAGCCCUGCAACAGGCACAGGGUGGGAGGUGAGGCGCCCGUGCCACUCAGGGGAGGCACGUGCCUGUAGCCCCGCAGCUGGGAGGUGCGGUGUCAGCUGGCAGCCUUGCACGUCUGGGGAGGCAUGUGGACUGCCUGCACCCUGGUCCCCUGAAGACCCGGUCAGCAGGUGAGGGGUUGGGUGCUGCCCUGGGCAGGUGGGCCUGGCCUUGUGCGGGAGGUUGACUUGGAAGGUGGUAGGAUGUGGUACCCAGAAAUCACUGAAAACCUGGGGACUGUGUGCUGCCUGCCGAGGGAGCCGUGUCUGGUCAUUGCUGGACUCCAGCAAGGGUUACGGGAGCCCUCGGGGAGCUGUGCCUCCAGGGCCUGUUGGAUGCCAGCCUUGGGCUUGCCUUCUGUGGAGGGCCUGCCUCUUGGAAUUUGGUGCCAGGGCUGAGGGGGCUUUCGUGCUCUGACAGUAGGUGCGCCAUGUUUCUGAGGAGCACUCCUGGUGUUUUCCGGAGGGGUCUGUGGCUCAGGGAAAAGAAGGGACAAAGGUGGGGCGGUUGGCGUGAUGGUACCUGGGGUGGCUGUGCCUCAAGCAGCUCCAUCCUCCCCUGUGGCUCGGGCCUCAGAGGGAAGCUGUCAGCGGUGGGGCCCAGGCACUUGCCUCUCCUAGCACACAACUCCUACUUAGGGACACAGAUGGUCAGAAGGUUCUUUUUUUUUUUUUUUUUUUGACUCUAACGGAAGUAUUUCUGUUCUGAAAAGUUAACGUUUGUUGCUAACGGAGAUGAAGGGAGGGACAGAAGAGUUUCAGGUAGCUCAGAAGAUCCUUUAAGUCCCUUCUCGAUGUGUGAUUUGUUAGGUUGCAUUUUAAGUGUCCAGCCUCCCCCCCCCCCCCCCCCCCGACUUCUCCAGUCUGAGCACUGCUUAGGGGUUUUGGUUUGGUGGGUCACUGGCAAGACACGGUGCUCCAGACACAGGCUCCCUCCUUGAUAUGGGUCACAGUGUCAGCCUGCCUGAGGUCAUGAGGCCACCCGCCAAGCUGGGACUGACCUGACUGCCCAGAUACUUCAUCUGCCCUGUCUACCCUGUCGGGUCAGGAGUGCUGCCAUUAGAUGCUCCCCUCCCUGAGCGGCAUGGCGUCUCGUGGGCUGGCAGGGUCAUAGUGCACCCCUUCUUUGUCGAGGGGACGCCAACAUCUCCCAGUUCUCUUGCUCACUGACUGUAGUGGUUUCUCAGUGUGGGGCCUGCUGUUUCUUGCUUCCUUUCUUGGAGAGGAAGGCCUAUAUCUAGAGACUCAGCCAGGGAGGCUAAUUACAGGCAGCCUCAAGGCCUGUGAGCGCCUUACUUCCGGCACCUUCCAGGAAUCCCAGGUGUCUCUGGCUCACGUGUGGGCUCCCAACUCCCGAUGCCCUUCCUUCCCAGGGGCUUGAGGAAGCAAAGUGAACACUUGCUUGAGGUGGGAGUCUUCCGCGUUUGUCUCCCUUGUUGUCUGCUGACCUGCGUGGGGCAGACUUCAUCUACUCUGGCUCUCAGCAGGCUCACCUUGUGGAUUUCCCCUAAGUGUUUCUCAGCUCAGGCCGUUCACCCAGGGAGCAGCCUGCUUGCUGGCCUGAGUGGCUGCUGGGGGCCCAGCCACACCUUCGGGAGAGGACAGCCCCUUGAGGUAGCCCUAACUAGGGUGAGGCAGUGAGGCAGUGCUCCCCGGUUUGCAUGCCAUGCAGUGUAGCUCUCUCAGAGAGGGGCCUACAGGAUGCAUUUCCUGCCCCAGGCAGCUAGCUUAGAACUGGAGCCCACGGCUUUUGGAGAAGGAGCUUCCCUCCUAAAGGAGUAAGUAAGUGGCCCUGCUCAGCCUCAGCCCCAGGGUGGGGAAUUCCAGAGGUACGGAGGAGGCCGAGUGAGUAUAGUUGUGGGGAGAAAACCUAUCCCUACUGCACGGUUACACAUGUGACAUUGGACUUCUGGCUGUAGCUUGGUCUCAUCACUCUGGUCUGGUGAUGACCUAGGUAGCUUUUAGAGAUCAAUUUAAAAUACCUAUCUGUAUCUAUUUACUGUUCUUUCUGAAUACACAAGUGUAAAUAGUAUAAUUUGCAGUGCAAAGUCCUUGGCAAUAACUUUAUGUUGUGUAUUAUGUUGAAAACCUUGGCAAACGCAACCACCACGGCUUGUCCUUCCCCUCUGGGGCAAUGAUUACAUGUAGGACUCUGAACGUGAAACCUUCGGCGUGGUUGAAGCAGCGGCCUGCAUGUGUGGACAGUCACCAGUGCCUCACCCAGAGAUGCCUGGCCUUCAUCCAAAGGGACUCUCUUCCACUCCACCACCCACACUGCGGCUCUUCCGCACUGACUAUGUUGGACUUUGCCAUAGACUGACCCUCUUGUCUGGCUGCUGCAGUUUGUCUGUAAUGCCCUGACAUGUUGCAUUCUCCCCAUUUGGAUGAAUAAAAAUAAAAGCUUCUGUCUUAAACAGCA